AUGGUCCCGCCGAUCCCGCGAUUUCUGCGCAUACGAAUGCUGUUGGCAGCCUUGACACUCGUCAUGUUUCUCACCUGGGCAAUAUUGGGAUUCAAAAUAUACAUCACCAAGCCCAUCUCGUCACAGGCCGUCACAGGCCUGACACCCUCACAUAAACAAUUCUGGCGGGAAUUCUAUGCCCUGUUAGAAAACCACGCGCCGAACACAGAGCCUAUCAUCAAAUAUGAGAAGGCAUCGACAGAAGGGUUCGAUCCUCGUAAUGCACCACCACGCCCAGAUACCCUCUACGUUCCAGAGAAAGACAUCAUCACAAUAAAAGAAGCGCAUACCGGGUUCGUCAAUGCAAUCAUCGACUCCCCGCCCGAGCUCCCUUACAUCCACGGUACAAAAGGCAUAGUCUCAACAGCAGGUGGCUUCUACCUCCCAGUGCUAGUGAUAUCCCUCCGCAUGCUCCGCCGAACCGGCUCCACGCUCCCGAUGGAAGUCUUCCUCUCCGACGAAGACGAGUACGAACCCUACAUAUGCGAUGAAGUCCUACCCUCACUGAACGCGCGCUGCGUAGUUCUAUCCCACAUCCUCAUCGCCGCCCCAGCCCGGAUCCAGAAAUAUCAAUUCAAGCCCUUCGCAAUGCUCUUUUCGUCCUUCGAAGAGAUCCUCUUCUUAGACGCAGAUGCCUUCCCCCUCGAGAAACCAGAGCGUCUCUUCACUGCCGAGCCCUUCCUCUCCAGCGGAAUGGUCACAUGGCCCGAUUUCUGGGCCUCCUCCGUUUCACCACUCUUCUAUGACAUCGCAAACUACCCACCCCCGCCAAUGGAGCUGCGUCAGUCGACAGAAUCAGGCGAAGUCCUCCUCUCCAAAAGAUCUCACCUCUGCUCCCUCUUACUCACAACAUACUACAACUAUCACGGCCCCUCACACUACUACCCGCUCCUCUCACAAGGCGCCGCUGGAGAAGGUGAUAAAGAAACCUUCGUCGCAGCCGCGACCGCCGUGCACGAAUCCUUCUACCAAGUCAGCGAGUCUAUUUGUGCCCUUGGCCACGGAACCCACGGCGGCAUAGCCGGCUCUGCAAUGGCGCAGUUCGAUCCCGUGCAGGACUUUGCCCUAACCAGUCGUGGGAUAUGGCGUGUCAAAGGCGAUGACGCCUCUGCACCACCUGUCUUCUUCAUCCACGCCAACUUCCCCAAGUUCAACCCCGCCACCAUCUUCGAGCCGCAUGAGGUUAACCCGGCGUUUACGGAUGAGGGUACUUACACGCGGGCUUGGACGCUUCCGGUGGAUGUUGUACGCGGGUUCAAUACCAAGGUUGAUGUCGAGAAGGGAUUUUGGGAGGAGAUUACUUGGACAGCUUGUGAGCUUGAGGAUAAGUUUGAGAGUUGGGUUGCGUAUCAGGGAAUCUGUGAUGGGGUGAGGGAUUACUGGUACACUGUCUUUGGGGAGGAUUGA